AAUACGCCCACCAGAUGUCGUUAUUCAGGAGAAAAUCCCUUCAUUCCUUGUUCCAGACUCCGAAAUUCCAAAGACAAAUUCGGAUAGCUUUCAUCCCUUUUCCCGGACAAAUUUUUCCGCUCAUUACGAAAUACACUCUGCAGAGUUAUUAUUUAAAGCAUUCGAAAUUGCAGGGUUUUGACAAGGAUGGCUGAGGCCGGCUUGGAUCCACUAGAAAUAAAUUCUGUGCAAUGGCCCGUUAUCGGGUCUUCUGCUGAUUUGUUGGGAAACUUUUCCAACUUGAAUAAUACUGUGAAUUGCACACUUUCUUUUGGCUGUUUCUUCAGAUACCCGUUGGUUCUGACUAUUAUUUAUUGCGUAGCAUAUGGGGCUGUGUUGGUUGUAGGGAUACUUGGCAAUGUGUGUGCUUUUGUAGUGGUUAUGAGAGACAAAACAUUGCACUCGGUUUAUUACAGAUUCAUGGCAAACUUGGCGAUUGCAGAUCUAUUGGUAUUGAUUUUUUGCCUACCUGUUACGCUUCUAGGAAAUUUAUUUGGACCUUGGAUGUUGGGAUUGUUCCUCUGCAAGGCAGUUGCUUACCUCCAAGGCGUCUCUGUAUGUGCAUCAGUUUACACAUUGGUGGCCAUCUCAGUUGAAAGGUUUCUGGCAAUAUGCUUUCCAUUGAGGUGGCAAGUAUCAGCUCGAACAUGUCGGCUGAUUAUAUGCUUCAUAUGGAUAUUCAGCUUUAUUCUGACUCUGCCAUGGGCUUUUUAUUUUCGACUCAUCAACAUUGGUAGAACUUCUGAUGGAGAUCAACUCUACGUUUGUCGUGAAAUAUGGCCGACAGAAAAGAUGGGCUUGACCUAUUUCAUUGUUGCCCAUCUCCUUCUUUGUUACAUACUACCACUUAUUAUGAUUAUGAUAUCUUACGGAUUCAUUUGGUAUAAAGUUUGGAAAAGGAAACUUCCAGGGGAGGGCAUUCAUUACAAUAGUGUUGUUCAAAGGUCAAAGAUAAAGGUCGUCAAAAUGUUAUUUGUGGUUGUUCUGGCUUUUAUGAUAUCUUGGUUACCACUGUACGCUAUAUUUUCAAGAAUCAAAUUAGGGGAUACCAUACCAGAAAAUAGUCUAGAGGAGUUCAUUAUACAAGCGUGUGCACCAAUUGCUCAAUGGCUCGGAGCUUCGAACAGCUGUAUGAAUCCACUCUUAUACGCUUUUUUUAACAACAAGAUGAAGAAAGGAUUGGUAGCAGUUUUGUUUGGGGAUAAAUGCUGCAACAAUAACGUAUCAAAUGUAUUAAUGACUUCCACGAAAAACAGAUCAUUGAGGACAUUAUCAAAUAAAGUAAGAGGUAAUGGUUCACGAAAAAAUGGAAACAAGGAAGAUGCUAUUUAACUUGUUAAUACUUGUUUCAUACUUAUAUCACACCUGGGCGAGAAUAACUUCUGACCUGUUCUAAAAAUUUAUUGGAUAGUACAGCAUCUUCUUUUUGAACUUUAUGCCAUUAAAACCCCUCAUUUAAUUUAUACAACUCGGUAAAAAUAACAUCACAACAAAAUAGCCUCAUUUCUUCAAAUACAUUGUCAAAUAAUUCUCAAAUCAAAUCAAAUAAUUGACAGACCUCAUAAAAAUAUCUUCUUUUAUCUUCAGGAUAUUGGAUUUUUUUUAUGGGAUUUAAACCUCUUUUUACAAAAUUCAAAGAAAUAAAAUUCAAUUUAGUUUUAAUGUUAACCGAGUUAUGUUAAUCUUAGCUUAGUUUUUGGGGUGGUAAAGCCAAGACAUGAUUCUUGCGCCAAAAAUAUACACAACUCACUCACCAAAUAAUUCAAAUAAAGGAAGCAUGCAUUUUUCAUUGAGUUUCUUAUUUAAAGUGAUUUAAAAGCUUAAUAUAUUGAAAUUGAAAUUUAUAAUUCCUGAUGUUAUUCUUGCCGAUUCGACACUUUCAGCUCUAUCCAAAUCCUGUGCCAUCAUUCUAACAUUCAAUUCAAUUAUUCUUGCCGAUGGGUGAUUUUAGAUUUGUGUUCUGUUCUCUACUGGGCUCCGUUCAAGCACUAACAAAAGUUACCACAGUACAAAUAUUCCCAUCUGCUAUUUUGAGUAUAGCUACUCAUCAUAAUAACCCAAUUUUUUUAACUCAUUGCAGACGCCGUGUCCAUACAUUUGUGCAAAAUUCGAGCUUUGAUAGACUUGGCCAAAAAUAAAACGUCUUCGAAAAAACAUGGCAGCUAAGAGUUCAGAUUUCUUAAAAAUGGUUUCAACAAGAGGGUGCUAUAAGCCAUACUUCAAGAAAAAGAAGAGAAAGAGUCAUUUUCAAUGUCUACAUCCUCAAGAAGGAAAUUGAGCUUGAGAAAUUCACGAAAUUCAGCUUCAUUUUUUGCAAAGCGGUUAUUGAAAUGUUUGGUAAAAUAUUGGGUUUGUGCUAGCGAAACCACGGAAGUAAACACGGUGUACUUUAUGAAGCAAUAAUCAACAAAUAAUUCACAAGUUUAAAUUGUAAAUUCGAACUAUUCCUUGUGUGAAUUGCUGGACACCCAAUACAAGUAUCUGCAACAUUUACACAAUGUUUUGGGAUAUAUUUGCAUGAUCCAGUUUCGAACGUUUAAGAACAGUCUGUUUGUUAUGUAUUUUUCAACAAUGAAUAAUUAUACAACUUUUGCUCAGCUGCGAAGUCUGAAGCAGUAACAAUUUUCAUAAUGAUCGUUGAAAACGGAAGUUCGUGGAACUGCUUGUGAAAAACUAUCAACAAGAAUGUUAAUAACUCGUUUGUUGUUCAUCAUCAAUACUUUUGUGACUAUAUUCGUGUUUAUGUGCAUCCGUUUGACGUAUAUCUUUCGAACAUGUUCGACUAAAUUGUUGUGAUACAUUUUUUCUUCAUAUUCAUGCGUUUUUGAAAAUUCUAUUCAUUUUUAAUGUAAAAGGAAUAUGGUGAUACAUGUUUGUAAGCGUGUCGUAAUUUGUUAAAUGUUAUAUGUUAUUUCUGAUUAAGAUAAGAAAAAGUACAAAUGGUCAUUUACUGUUAUGUAUAUCAAAGAGCUUUGAAUAAAUAAAAAAAUAAUAAAC